AUGGCUCAAUCGACUGCCAAAGACGAUCAAGGUCUCGGGAGCCCUCGAGAUAUUUCGAAUUACUGCCGACUGCCGACGUUUUUCUGUACAGAUGAAGAGGGGCCAGCCGUCAAUCCAACAUCGAAUUCUACGCACCACAGUAAUCCGACAACUAGUUCUACGAGUAGUUUCUAUGAUCUUCAAAAUCCUGCUCACUGGGAUCAUAAUACUGCUCAAUUACUCCAUGAAUAUGAUUUCGGUUUCGACGUAAAUGCACAAUCUUCUGUUUCUUCGACAGCAGAUUCAUUAUUUCCCCUCGAUGCAUUUACACUUCCAGUCUCGCAAGCACCUUUCCAGAAUUCCUCUGAUUGGUGGUUGCCACAAACCGAUUCAUCUUGCGAACUUCUUUCAUGGGAUAAUCCGUUAAUAGAAGAGGACUUCUCGCUCGAGUCCUCUUUCCCCAUCGCUGCUGGUACUUUACUCGGUAAUGACAAUUUCCUGGGUCAAUCGGAUGUUGGAUCCAUUGACAAUAUGCCUCAAUCCCAUUCAUUUCUCGAUAAUCAAACUCAUCGGGCAAUAUCCACCGAUCAAUCUUCCCCUCCUUCUCCCCAACCCAAAUCAACAACCUCACAAACCCACUCAUCUCCACCCUCAUCCCCCUCUCCCAAAAUACAAACUCCCACAAGCUCAUCAACCACCAUGUCACGAGUCGAUAAACGUAAACUCAAUACGAUGGCCGCUCGUCGAUAUCGUCAAAAACGCGUCGAUCAAAUGAGUAGCCUCGAGGCUGCAAUGAAAGAAGUCGAACGUGAAAGAGAUGCCUUGAAAGUUCGUGUUGCGAAAUUGGAGGGCGAGACGGAUAUUUUGAAGUCGUUGUUGAGUAAGAAGGAUUAG